AUGUCUGUGUCACAGGCUUAUAAACUGCUUUGGAGUAUAGGCCUGGCUGCAGUUCUCUUUCCUCAUUUACAUACUGGAUUGUUGUCUGAUUACAAAAUCUGUGGAGAUCCAGAAUGUCAGAGUAAGUGCUGGGCUUUUAAUGAGUUUGUAACACUUUACUCUUUAUGAUGUUAAUCUGUCUUUCUAUGAUGUCUGUUUAUCCAUCUCUAGGCUUAAUGAGCAGAGUGCAGGCCAUCAGGGACCACCAUGGUAAAGACUGUCGUUUUCUAAACUUCAGGCGAGGAGACACCAUCUUUGUUUACCACAAACUGACCGGAAAGAGGGACGACCUCUGGGCAGGAUCUGUGAGUCGGAUACCUCUUUCUUUUCUUUGUUUUUUGUCUCACUUCUAAUUAAUGAAUAAUCUACUAUACAAAGAGUUUAUCAUCUCAGGUUCUUGGUGAAGGAGAAAUCCUUAUUACAAUACAGAUAGGUACUCAAUCAGCACUGAUAGAUAUCAAACUGCACCUGAUAAAUGAAAUGUCUUUGGGAUACCUUCAGUUUAUUUAAUAUAUAACAUGUAAUGAGGAAAAUCAUUAGAAAUACGAAUCUAUUUAAAGAAAAAGAUCUUAAAACACUGACCCUAACAUGACUGACCUUGCAGUGAUUUUUGAACUCUGGUAACCUCUGACCUUAUCAAGUAGGACAGCAGCUAAAGAGUGAAUCAUUGUCAGUCUAUCUAAUGAGAGGUUAAUUUGCAGCAAGUUAGUGACAUAAAAGUGACAUUGUAAAGAUGCUGUGAUUGAGUGGCAGUAGCAGAUAGUUCAACAGUUUGAGAAUAAUUUUCAGCUGUGUGACACUGCAAAACAAAUGAAAAUUUCAUUGUCUACAGUUUAUAACAUCCUGAAAUUAUUCAGAGAAUCUUCGGAUUAACAUGCAGCGUUGUAAAAUCAGACAUGACUCUGUAACUGGAAUCACUGCAUGGUGUCGAAAUCCCUUUCAUAAACCAUCGUCUGUGAUGACAGAUGUAUCCAUAAAUCCAAGUUAAAACUGUUAUCACAUAGAAGGGAAACCAUAUUUAAACAUGAUCCAGAAACACUGGCAACUUAUCUGGGCCUUAGUCCGUUCAAGUGAGACUAAAGCAAAUUGGAAAACUGUCCUGUUGUAAUAAUCAGACAUGACUCUGUAACUGGAAUAACUCAACUUAAUAUCAGCUCACAAUUCAAAGGUCUGCAUCUGUGAAGGUGUGGGGGCAUGGCAUGGGUAGCUUUCACAUUUGAGAGGGCACAAUGAAUGCUAAAUGAUAUGUUAAGGGUUUGCCAGACUACUCUCUUCUGCACCUGUGCACGUCUCUUUAGUGUUAAGUGCUGCAACAUGCACAUCGUCUCAACAUUUAUGAAAUGUGUUGCUGGCAUCAAAUAUAAGAUGAUAAUAUCUUUUCAUGAACAAUAAAAAUUUUCUACCUUUGAACCAUUGGCUUGUUGGCAUUGCAGUAUUGCAGUAUUGCAGUAUUUGCAGUUAAUACAGGGUUUAUAUAAUUCCAUAAGCAGCAAAUAAGGAGCACAGUUUUCAAACUUUUGGGGGAUCAGAGUUAUUAAACAUAUAUCUCAUGAUAUAUCUCAAGUUUGUUUCCUUUGUAUUUGUGCUUUGGCUCUGUACACCUGUAAUUGUCCCUUUUUAUUUUGUCUUUCAGAUUGAUAAACAGUUCGGUCACUUCCCAAAAGAUGCAGUGAAAGAGGAGCAUUUUUAUGCAACUGUUGAGAGAGUAGUGGAGACACAGGUAAACAUGUUCUAGCUGGAGGUUCUCUAUGUAUCACAGGCUUGAAAUAGAAAUCAUGCUUUGCCAUUAUUAUUAUUUAAGUUAUGGUUUUAGUAGUAAUAGAUGGUGAAUCUGUAAAAGCUGAAUGUCCUCUCACUGAAGUGCCCUCAUUUCUUUCUUCAUUCAGAAUUCCGAUUUCUUCUGUAUGGAUGAAUUUGGUUAUCCAAUCGACUCCAGUGAACUAGACAGUGAUGAUGAUGAGGAUGGAGUUAGGAUCGAAAAACAAGACCCUGAUACAACACAACCCACCCACCCCGAUAAUGAUGCUGAAAGUCCAUCAACGUCUGGAAGUAUCUCAGCAGAAUCUCAGGGUUCAACUGAUGCCACACAGACAGAGCUUGACAAAAACACAAACACCGAUGUUGAUGCUGUUGAGACUCCCCAUGAAACACAAGAGGAUCCUCUGGUGUCAGAAGAACAAGGUGGGUCCGCCUCCUCUGCUUGGUUUGGUUCUACAGUGACAGGAUUGUUAGGUCUGGCAAAAGAGGAAGAGUCUGCAAAUUUGGCUGAAGGAGAAGAGAAAGAUGAGAGAGAGGAGACUCAGGAUGAAGCUUCAUCUUUUACUGCCUCUGUGACAGGAUGGCUGGGGAUGGGAGGGAGUGGAGGAAAAACUGAUGAUGAGGUGAAAAGUGAGGAAGAAGAAGACAGAGAAGAUGCUGAAUCUUUUACUUCCACCAUGACUGGGUGGAUUGGAUUUGGAGGGGAGAAAAAACCUGAAAAGUCAGCAGAAAAAGAGGAUGACAAAGAAAGACCCAAACAUGAAGAGCAGGAACCAACAGAGACAUUCAGGAGCAGGAGGAUGUCUUUGGACCUAGAAGGCAGCCAGUUGCAAGAGGAGGAGAGAACAGAAAUGGGAACACUGGAUUGGCUUGGGAAUGGCCUGUCAAGCACACUGGGAUUCGGUCGCACUAAUCAGGAGCCUGAAAGAAAGGUGGAAGAGAUAGUGAAAGAGGAGGCAUCUGGUUCUUGGUACGAUAUGGGGAUUGGGAGCAUUUUAGGCUAUGGGAACGACAAGACUGAUGAGAGCAUACCAAGUGGUUUUCAAGAGGCAGAAGUUGAUGAAACAUCAGAUCAGCCGACAGGGUCAGAGAGUGCAGAUACUGGGCAGCUACAAGCUGAACAAACAGAGGGUUCAACUACAGAAACAACCUAUGAAUCAAUAAUAGAAACACCUCCACAAGAAGGAAAUAUCUCAACAGAGGCAGAGACAGUGUCGAGUACUGCCGAGCUGAUCAAUAUAGAUGCUCCUGACAGUAGUAAAGAUGGUGAUUUAUCAGAAAAUACAGCAGCUGAGUCUGAAGGAGGAAAGUCUUCAGCAAUAGAUAUCUUUUUUCAAACAAGUAAGGAGGACAACAAAGAUAACAUUUUAGGUGAGAAAGCAGCAGAUGUUAGAGGUGAAGUUCAUCAGACAUCUGAAGCAACUGAAAAUAGAGGUGAUGAUUAUAACAGGCAGACAAAAGAAGAAAUCAAAGCUGCUGAGAAGUCUGAUCAGGAAAUGUUAACUCGAACAGACAUUGACCUGUCCUCAGACUCCAGUUCUGUGGAUUUCAAAUCAGACACUGCAAGUCAAUCGGUAGGUGGGGACAAAUCAGAGAAUGUGGUCCUGGAGGGUGCUCAGAUCCAGAGUCACAUCGAUGAAUCUGCGGAUGAGAUAAGUAUGAGAGGCAAUGAUCACGAAGCAGAUAUGAAUAAUCAAGGCUCAGGUGUACUUCAGAGGGAAAUAUCUGAGAUUGAGACUGAGGGUGCAGUAGAGCAGAGUGAUAUCAGAGCAGGAAAAGGCAGCAUAUUGAGUCAUGAUCCAUCCUCCAGUGAGCAGGAGACUUUAUUACAGAUAGGAGGCAAAGCAGAUCCAGUUUUUCUGUCUCCAGAUGAACAACAGAUUGACAACCAAAGUGAUGAAGAUGCACAGGAGCAACGAGAGGCUGUCCAAAACUCUGAGAAAGACGUUGAAAACUUCCUUGAGCCAGCUCAAAUAGACACAACAGGUAUAGAGCAGUACAACGUGGAUGAUAGUGGUCUUACCACCUCUGUAGGAUCAGAAACAGAGACUGAGGAGGAGUCAAAGGAAGAGAAGAAGGAGAGAGAGAUGGAAGAGAAUAGAGUGGAGGAGCAGGAAGAGAUGCAAACUCAGGUGACGCAAAAGCAGAUGGAUGAGGAAAAGCAAGAUGAAGUGAAGGAGUUAGAGGAAAAGCAGCAGGGAGUAAAGGAGGUGAAAGAGAAGGAGGAACUGGUAGAGUUAGAGGAGUUAAAGGAGAAAAUGACACAGGAGGAGGCAGAGGAGAUAACAGAGAAGGAAAGGUGGCAUGAGUUAGAGGAGUUGAAGAAGGAGGAGACACAGAUGGAAGAGGAGGAGAUACAGGAGAGGGAGAAACUUGUGGAGUUAAAGGAACUAAAGGAGGAGGAAAUAAAAAAAGAUGAUGAUGAUGAGGAGGAGAUGGGAUGGUCAAAGGAAGUAAAAACUAGUGUGGAUGAAGAGGUGAGGCAAAGUUGGAUGGAGGAGCUAAAAGAGGAUGAGAAUUUCACCCAAGUGGAGGAAAAUCAGCAGUACAUUGGAGAGUCAGAGGAAGACAAGCAGGAUAUCGUAGAAGAUUUAGAAGAAAGGGGGCGCAUAGAAGAGUUGACAGAGGAUGGAAAGGAUAAGAAAGAUGAUAAAGAAGCAGAGCAUGUUGAACAAGAGAAGGAAAAUGUUGAGAGGGUAGAGUCAGCGAACAAAGAAUUAGAGUCACAAGGUGAGAAAAGUUUGGAAACACCUGAACCGACUGAAGGAGGCCAAAUUGAAGGAGCAGAAAAAGAGGAAGAAAGUAAAGAAACAGAGAAGAUGGGUGAGGUAGAGGAUGCUGAAGAGACUGUGAAGGAUGAGGGAAAAGACGGAAUAGAAGAGGGACAAGACACACUUGUAAGGGACAGUGAUGAAAAAGACUCAAUGGAUGAAGAGAUGACAGAGGCAGGAAAAACAAAUCCAACAGCUGACAUGACAGAAGAGAGUCGGAUAACAUCAUUCGAGGGCAUAAAGAGGGAUGAAGAUUCAGUACCGAGAAAAGGAGGAAAUGAGGAAGAAAGAAAUGAUGUUGUUGAGGCUAAUGAAAGGCAGAUGGAGAAUCUGGACGUCAGGAUCUACUACACUAACACAGUUUCUGAUCUUCACUCUUUGGAGGUUGAUCAAACAGAGAAAACUGAACACAUGAACAGUGAUCUGCCACAUUCAGUUGAAGAUGUUCAAGACAGCCUUUCUAAAGACGUUUCUACUGGGGUUACAGACACCAGUCAGCUGUAUUCAAGUGAGGUAGAAAACACUGAGCUGACUGAUGACAAAGUGAUCUAUAAAUGGGAUAAAACUGAUGUUGAAAACACAGAAACAAGCAGCAAAAAGGUUUCCUCAGAGGAGGAAACAAAGCAAACAAUUUCUGAUCAUAAGGGAGAAGAGAGGAUGUUAAACAUGAUGCACAAUGACGGAAGAGUGAAUGAGGAAAAAACUUUUGGGACUGAAGUCAAGACUGAGGGAAAUGAUUUUCAGAGUGAGACUUUUGAAAGUCUGGUUGUUGUCUCUGAACAAACCUUUUCACACCACCCAGCUGGCUCCUCUCUUCCCUCUUAUGUUCCUGAUGAUGAGAAAGCUGAAAAUAAAAAUGGAGGUGCAUUUGAUCUUUUCAAAAAUGCCUUCAGCUACUUUGGCCAAACACCUGCCACAGAACCUGAGACGUCCACUCAGUCUUCCCAAAGUUUGGAUUCUAAUACACCUGAAACACCUGAGGUUCAAACCUUUCACACUCUUGAACAGCUACAAGAUACAACUUCUCAUUCAAGCCAGGUUUACUCACAAGAUUUACACUUAGACACUUCAAACCCUCUGUCAGAGCAGCUGCAACCUUCUCCCUCACCAGCCCAGGCCCCCGACCCACAUCCCAGUACUGUGUCUCCAAACACAGAGAGUCCCCCCCUCAUGAAGACAGUCUUCAAACACCUGCACACCACCCUGAGUGCAGAUGACACUGUAAUGCUGGUGGCUCUGUUAGGGCAGCACAAGCUGCAGUUCUUGGAUGACAUUUUAGAAAGUUCAGAGACCAUGACUGGUGAUCCUAACACUGAUGAAUCCAUACUACUGGAUGUUGAAAGACUUCUGCAUUAUCAUAGAGAGAUGCUUGUUGCUCCUCGUGGGAAGCUGUUGGAUGCACCUCAGGAGGACAAAGAAAAGACCAAAACACUCAUCGCACUUGAAAAGCUAGAAAUGCUGCUUAAAAGAGUGAGAAUGUCUUUCAACACAGGAAAACCAGACUCAAGUAACACAAACCACCAAGGUAUUUUUGUCCGCAUAGCCUUAAAGAUCAUAAAAAACACUGAUUAUUGAAGUUUAUUUCAUCUUUUUUUUUAGACUGAAUAUGCAAUGACAUCAACCAGAGUGUCUGUGGUUUUCUGUUUUAUACAGCUGAUGGCAGCUGUGAUGGUGAAUCCUGUUCAAAUCUCAAAGAAGACAAGAAAAUGACUGCUGAAGAAGAGCGACAUAAGGAGGUAGAUUCUCCUGUUGGCACAGAAACCAACACAGCAAAGGGUGAAUGGAUGGGAUUGGAUGAAGACAAAGAUGGAAAGCUAAGAGGGGACACAGAGGAACAAAGGUUUACCCACCAUAAAGAAGAGAAUGCAUCCCCCGUGGCUAGUCGUCACUCUGAACCACGAACAUCACAGACAUUGGAAGGUACAAAUGACUCAGGUGUCCCUCAAUCAAAAAGGAUCAAAGGGUCAUUAAAACAAAGCAAUGACAUCGGCAAAGAACUGAACGGUUUCAUACCUGCCUUGUGUUUAUUUCUUUCAUAUACAGAUACAAAGCAUGGGUUAUUCUUACCAGAUCCAAAAAUAAAAAAGAUAAAGCUUUGGAUCAUUUCCGAUCAGUACAUAUUAAAAAAGUGAGAAAGUUUUAAACUGAGGUUUCCCUUCUGUCUGCCAUUCCAGGACAGGUGCAGCAACUUCUGGGCUUUCUUAAUACAAUCACUGGAGACUCAAGCGCUCACAUCCAAGCAGCAAGGGAGCUCCUCAUAUGGCUGACUGUACAGGUAAGAGUUAAGAGUUGGGUCAUUUCCACCAUCCAAUCGACCCUCGAAGAGCUCGGAAUAACUAUUAUUUAGUGUUACACAAUCAAAUUUUUGGUUGAAUAAGAAAGUCAGUCUAAGCAUGAAUGAAAACAUUGUUUUUGAGGCAGUGGGCUCAGUCUUAAAGCUUGUAUGACACAUGUGAUAUCAUAAGAACCCACAUACCAACAAAUUACAAUAUGUUGGAGUCAAAUAUGUUGGAUUUGAUCACACUCACCCGAAUAAAAGUUAUAAAACUCUAAAUUGAACCUCUUUAUUGAGAUUAUAUUAAUAUGGCAAAUUUUAUGGUUCCUAAUGGUACCAUGAUACCAUAAUACCUAUGGUACCUAAUCUAUGAAUAUGAGUAAUUGAUAUGUAACACACAUAUAAUCCAAGCAACAUUUUAUCUGACAACCUAAAACCUGAAAUGAAACUGUUUUAUGAGUGUGUGAGUUGUGCAAAGAACCUGGGUAAGACCCAUUUUCUCUCAGCUUGUUCUCUUUCUUUGUUCUACAAUAUCCUGAUUUUACUCUUUGAGCAGCAUGGUGCCACAAAAUCACUCACAGCUCUCUUGGCAGCACUUAAUUCUGUGACAUUUUCCAGAGGAAGAAUGAAGAAUCUUAUUGGAUUGUGUAGCUAAUUGUAAUAACAUACUUAGGUUUGAUUAAAUAGGGGCUAGACUGUUACUUUCUUGUCAUAUCUACGCAUAGCAUCUAAAUAUGACACCCAAAUACAUCUAGCAUAUAUUCGAUAGCCCUCUCUUAAUUUUUUUAAUGUUUAGGAUCCCUGCUGUAUUUAUUAAGAACAACAAAAACAGAAAGAUAAUUGUUCAGUAAAAAGCAGCACUUUUCUAAACUCUGUAGAACAACCAGCUUGUAUUAUUUUAAUGGUCAAUUUCAAAAGAUAGAUUAUUAUAUCUUAAUGAUUUAUAGCUUAAGUCCUGUUGAUCUGUGUAGUGUAACCGAUCCCAAAGCAGGCUGUGUGUUCUUUAGGCUACCUGUCGUGAUCUUUAUAGUUUUAACAUGUGAUCUAUAGACUGUGGUUCUUUAAGACCCUGAACCUGUGACAUGUUGAUCCAGCUCUCCCCUCCUCGGAUGUCAAACACGCCUAACUCAACAUCACUCACAUUCCUCAGUGGUGCUGCCUCUAUUACAUUACAUACGACAAGCCAGGCUGGCUACCAGAGUACUCUGUCGGAGUUUUUAAAAAUGUUUUGGGAACUGAAGUGAGUUUCUGGUUUCAAAUGGAAGAAAAUGUCGACGGUUCGGUGAGUAAGCUUUGGAAAACAUUGAAACUUAGACAAGUCUUCACCCGUGCCCUACUUAGAUCACCUUGCAAAACACCGCCAAUAAACACAAGUGGCACACGGUCGAAAUUUGCUCUACAGGAUGGAAACUAAGUGUAAGUCAAAGUAUUAAUUUCGUUUGAAUACACGUGAAGACGUCAUUCAGUACACAUACACCUGUUCCUAUUGGUGUGGUGUAACUUUGAAAACGCUCCGAUGUGCCAGUGUGGCAUUUUACAAUUGGUGACGUUGCGAGUGAACCAUUUUCACAGGCGGGGGUGUAACAAAAUCGGUACUUUCUCAUGAGUGUCAAAAUAAAUAUUCAGUCGUCUAUAAAUUCUUUACAUCAAUUAAGCCGCGAGAAUAACCACGUUCCUAAAUUAUUUUUUUAAAUUUGAGCCAUUGAAGUGGUUUAUAGACAAAUCCAGCAUUUCGGUCCCCCCCUACACCGUGUCGUCGAACUCGUCUCCUCCAGAGCGUCGUUGUUGUGAAUAGGGAUGUGAAAUCGCCGCAAGCCCGGUUGAUGGCUUCAGUUCCUGCCCUCUAUGUGGGUUAAAUGAAAGAUAACGCUUCAAUAAUAGCCAAAUGAAGUAAAAGUGAAAUGGCAGACCACGCAGCAAGUGACCAGCUGGCCAGCAAAGCGGUCGAUUUUCAGACGACGGCAGAAGCUUACUACAGCAUCGCUGUGGAGAAAGUGAAAGAUGUGCGUUAUGUGGCAAGUUUCGUUAGCAUUUCCUGACUAGCCUUCACAGCUGACAUAACGCAGCGGACUAUCAAACCACAGAUAGAACUAUGUUUUAUACCUGGAUACAUGUUUUAAAAUGUUAUAGCUCAUGUUUGUGUACAUGUAUGUCCAGCCAGAGUCUAACUUGUUGUCAAGACUAUCUAACGAUACUAUGUUGUCAUUUUAAUUAUUUUUCACAGUUAGCUCUUAGCUAACCAGCUAAGUGACAGAGACAUGACCAGGUGUUGUGCUUUGCAGCUGUUUACAACCUUUUAGCCAAAGUAAAGAAGGUGUUUCUAAAGCUUCCUUGUAGCAGAUUAAUACACCAUUCCUCUACUACCAUUUCGUUUCUGUUGCAGCUGUGUAGUUAGCUAAUGAAUCUGGGUAGUCUCUUUUAAUCUCUGUAAAAACCCUGCUGUCACUUUUUGACAGUUACACUCAGUUGUCACUUUCACAACUGUAACAGCUCAGCAAAGAAAGGUCAGAUACUUUCAGCGAAGGAGUGGAAGUGUCACUGCUCACCUGAAGCAACCUCUAAAUACAUUUACCUUCUUUCUAGGCCCUUUGGUUUUCUGUUGCUUUGAUAAGAACUUGUUUGAAGCUUUGCCUUUUACACAGACUCACCCUCCCCAAACAGCACUUCAGACAUGGAGGUUUCAGUUCUGUAAACCACUUGCAAACCAACCUUUCUUCUACCAUUCCUUAUUAGAGAGCUUUGUCAAUCCCAGUUUUGGAAAUGAAAAACUCUCCCUUCUUUGGUUGUAGGUUGUAUCAGCACUGCCUGAUGAUAUUAGACCUGGGCCAGACCUGUAUGGGGUGCCAUGGGAACCAGUCAUAGUCUCUGGCCUGGUGGGACUGGUGACAGUGCUGUUGUUCAUCUGUAGAUGCUACAGCUCUGUGAGUAUCUCGGUUAAACAUGCAGAAAAUUACCCUCAUGUUCACAUAUGCAUUGUUCUUAUGGUGCACAACAUAAAAUGACACUGUUUGCAAAUAUCUCCACCUCACUCUGGACAGACAGCGGAGCUCCUUCUCCAACAGACUGUUGCAGCUCCGCUGUCGAAGGGACAGAUACAGGAAAUCUUUCCUGCCACAAGCAAUUGCACUAUUUAAUAACUCACAUCUGUCGGACAGAGACUCACAUCUGUCUGCUGUAUAGUCCAUUUUUAAAAACUCCUACCACAACACAUUACUUAGCACCUUAAAUUGUUUGUUUAUUUAUUAUCCCAUCUGUAUAUUUCGCAUUUCGUAUGUAUUACUCAUUUCUUAUUAGUAUUACCAGUGGAUAGCCCACUUUUUUCAUAUCUCAUUUUUUUUCUCUUAGAAUGUUAGUGAAUUUCGUCUGUAUUUAUUGCAUAUAUUUAAUAUAUUUGGUCUGUAUUGUAUAUACUUCUUAUAUUUAAUUUUGUGUUUUUAUUGCUGCUGUAACAUGGGAAUUUCCCAGUUUGGGAUCAAUAAAGAUAGAUCAGUAAAUCUAUCUAUCUAUCUAUAAACACAUAUAGAGAUGUUUCUAGACGUUCGUUAAUAUUCAGACAUAUUAUAUAGUGAUCAUUCCUUUCACUGUCAUUAUUGUCUUAUUUCUUUGUAGGUAAAAAGCAGACUGUAUCGCAGUAAGUUUUCAUGUUAUUCAAAAAUUUCAACAGUGGAACCAUUAUGAACUACUUCAGAUAUUCAAGGAUGUGUCUGAUGUGUUUUUGAGUGUCAUAUCCCCUGUUUUCAGGCAAGGAGCAAUGGAUGGCUGAACAGGUUGCACAGCUGCUGGAUGAGAAGUGUAAAGUCCUUGAGACUCUCAGCCAGUGUCAACAAGAGGUUGGUAGUUGUGCUUAUUUUGUCUGAUUUAGGAGGAGGCAUUCAUCAUGUGAAUAUUAAAUUACAGCCAAAUUCGUUCUUUAGAUUUUUAUUCAACAGAGUCUAAAACUCCUACAUUUUAAAGAUUUUUCAUGCAUUUGGUCUGAGAUCUGCUCAGCAAGACAUAUGAGAAAGUAUUAGAGAAAAUCAUGAAUAUAAUUAAAACUCUGAUGGAUGUAUUUUCAUUAGUCUUUUCAUCAUUCACUUAAUGUCAUAUGCAGUAUGAUGACCUGGAGACUUCACUCAGAGACAGUGGUGUCUUGGCCCACAGUCAGAAGACAGAACAACUGGAGGUGAGACAGAGAGAUUAAAGGAUGAAAGGACUUUUUUUGCAAAUGUCAUACUCUGGACAAGACUUUAAACUAUGGACACAGUGAUUUUACUAAAAGUGUUGUUCCUCAGGUAGAACCUCAGCCUAUCGUUUCGUUAAAACAGCAUUUGCUGACUUUGUCUGUAUGAGAGCAGCUGUAAAAUACACAACACUGAUGCAUCAUUCCCUUUUUUUGAAUUGAUAUGACAAGCUAGGAAGUAAACACCUGGCAGUUAUGAAGUCAAAGACUCUUGUUUUUUAUUUGGGAUCUUGUUUCCAGAUACCUGACAAGUACGCAUUCUUCAUUUCGGUGUAUCUGAUCUGUGCCAACCCAAGAGACGAAUACUUGACUCCCAAGGAUCUUAUUUUCCUCUGUAUGCUUAUUGAACUACUUUUGUCAUUCUGUGCUGGAAAAACUGGAAAGAAUAAUUUUGUUCUCUUGGUCUGAAAUCAGCUGACUGUUGACACAGUACAGAUCAGAUUGCACUGUGACCUGACUCACCCCAUUUUUUUCUAAACUCAUUUACUCUUUGAACCACAUCCAAGGAGUUUGCUGAACAUGUUUUUUUUAUUUUUAUCUUUGUCUCUAAGGUCAAAGCCAGACAGUUGGGACAUUCCAAAAAAGAGAUGGAGAAGGAUCUCAAACAACUGAAGAGUCAACUGGAUGAGCAGAGAGAACAUAGGGAAGAGCAGGAGAAGAGGGUAGGGGAAACUGCAAAAUAUGAUCAACACCAACCCAUCAGUCUUGUUAGCUUUUUUCAAGAACUGGCAAUAGUUUAUAAACAGGGAACUUUUGUAUUCCUCCUUUCAGAUAGCAGUGCUUGAGGAGAGCAUGAAAACAUUUGAAGAAGAAACUAAAGACCUACAAUCACAAGAAGAACAGGUGCAGUGACCCACUGAUUAAAAUCCCAUCCAUAUCUUCACAUUGUCUUAUUUUCUUCGUCAUUGGCAUCCCUCUUUUUGCCUUGUCCCUUUGUGUCUCAUAUGACAUUUAUGCUGCUUGUUUAUCUUAAGGCACAAACUACUCUGAAAGUGUACAAUAUGAACAGUGAAAGACUACAGAGAAAUCUGGAAACUGCUGGAGAGGAAAACAAGCUUUUACAAGAGAGCAAUGCGCAGGUACGACACUGAGCACACAUACACAAUGUCUGACGCUUUGCAUGACAGCAUGUGACACACAGAUGGACCAGAUCCAAAAUUUUCUAACAGACCCAGAACUGAAAAAGGCCUUAUUUACUGUCUUAUUUUACGUCUAUUUUCAUAUUUUGGCUUGGCGCCAUAAUUUUACCUCUUUGCUUUUCUCUUUGUUUUUGGCAGUUUAGGCAGCAAGUGGAGGGAUGGGCAGAGAGAGUGAGCGAGUUGGAGGCAGAGAUCAGCAGGUGUGAGAUUGCCCACAGCGGGAUGCAGCAGGAUGUGGCAAACAAGGACGAGAGAAUAUGGGUAUUAAUGAUAUUGUUAUGAGCUGGAUACUUGAUUUAUACUUUAGUUAACUUCUGAUAUACAUCUGUAAAGGCAAGUUUUCAAAAUAAUCGAUAUCACUGUAAAACUUCUGUGAAGAAGAAGACUGCACACAGAUAUAAAAGAUUACCCUCUUGGGUAUUUUGGUUUGGUAACACUUCUUUCUGUCAAAAGAGGUCAAUUAAGUUCAAUUUUUUAUGCUUCUCCGUAGUCGCUGACUGAUCGGCUGCUCAGGAUGAAAGCUUGGGAUUCAGACCUUCAGGAAGAGCGAGGACAAGAGGAAGGGGAGACAGAUACAUCAAAUGGUACAACAAGGAUAGAAGAGGAAAAUAAAAGAGGAGACAGAAUGGACACACAAAGCCAACUCCAGAAAGCCCAGAAACUUAUCUAUGCUGCUAAGGUGUGCAACCUAAAGAUGAACAAUCCCAACAGUUUCAUGAUGCCACAUUUGACAUUUGAUCGUGCCUAGCCUAGCUGCUGACCAUCAUCAUAGACCCUAAUAGAGAACACAGAUGCGAAAAAAUGUACACUUCUCUGUGCUCACUAUCAUGUGGUGUUUGUGUUCAUGUGUAGCUAAACGCAGACCUCAAAUCAGUGGAUGAAGACAAAGACAGGGUCUUUGCCAAACUUAACGAUGAAAUCAAAGCUAAAGAAGACUUGCAAGGUGGGUCAACUGUACAUGGAUUUACUAAGGUUGUCAUUAUAAAGUCUGAUGCAGAGACAAUAAUGGCUGGAAACUGCACAGUGAAUACACUGAGUAGUUGUACCAUGGCUGUACAUAAUUAAUAUUUGUAUGCAGUAUUUAUCACUGAUGCGAUGUUUGUGUUUAUGUUCUUUACUCAACAGUAAGCAUAAAGGAACUGGAAAGUGAAAAACUAUUACUGCAGUCAGACAGUGAGCACUACACAGAUCAGGUAUCUGACCCAAUAAUAUAGAAACUGUUCCAUUUCCAUUCAUUUUUAAAAUGCAGCAACUCUAACGCGUCUCAUUUUUAUGUUCAGGUGCAAAGAUUACAACAGAAGCUCCACAUUAUGACAGAAAUGUACCAGGAAAAUGAGCUCAAGCUGCACAGGUAAAGACACAGAUGAAUGUACAGAGAAAUCCGAGCUGCGGUACUCAUCCAGGAUGUUGAUUAAUGUUUGCUUUUACAGGCUGCUGACUGUUGAGGAGAAAGAACGCAUGCAGAAGGAAGAGAGGUUAAACAAAGCAGACAAAAACAUUGCGUUAGCCAUGGAAGAACUCAACAACUAUAGGUAACUGCUUCCACAAAAGUACUAAUAAACACAAUUUUGACAUUAUUGAUCCUCUCGUGCACAGAAGCACAACCUUGGUGGCACCUAACCUGUUUUUCACUUUCCCUGCAGACAGCGAGCAGGGGAGAUGGAGGAAGAGCUGGAAAAAACCAAACAAUCUUAUCAAACGCAGAUAUCUGCACACGAGAAGAAGGCACACAAUAACUGGGUUGGUCAAAAUUUGUCUCAUAAUUUUGAAAAUACAACAGACUUAGUUAAAGAAAUGUCGAUGAAAAUCAUUCUGUAAAGCACAUAAGUUUUGUGUUAGUUUGGUCCACAUUGAGUUAUGUGUAGGUACUAUAGGUUUAUGUAUAUCCUGUUUGUAAAUGCAGCACACUGACCUAUGUGGGGAUACAAAUUUGGUUUUGUGACCCUCAAUUAAUAACUUUAUAAAGGUUUAAGUUUGUAACAUACCACAGUAGACUGCACUAAUGAUAUGUUACAUUAUGUCAUGGUACGUCCUGUUACUGAUCUUGGUUUGGUUUCCUAGCUGGCCGCCCGAGCAGCAGAAAGAGAUCUUUCAGACAUCAGGAGAGAAAAUGCCCUCUUCAGACAAAAGUAACUACACAGUCACUGAACCUGCGUCUGUUAAAACCCUUUUCUAGUGUUAUUGAAAGAUGUGUAACAGUUACAUCUCUCCUGAAAGAUACAUUUUCAAUCAAUACAGUUGGUUAUGUGGAUGAUUUUUGUGUGUGUUUUGUUAUCAAUGUAAUUUUUUUAUUGAAAUACUGCAAAUUUAACAUUUCCAGGCCCAGAAAGUAUGAUUCAUACAUUGACCUUAGCUGUGUUUGCUUCCAGGCUUACAGACACACAGUUUAAACUGGAUGCCUUGGACAAAGAUCCCUAUGCUUUGAACAGCCUGGCAAGACCACAACCUUUCAGAGGUUAGCACACCAGGAAGAUACUUUGACCUAAUGUGCAUUGUGUCCCGUGUCGUAUAAGGCCAAAGCCUGAAGUAGUCCAACAUAGAGUCUUUGAUCUUUGCUGCAUUUACUAAAAACUACUUUCUGCCUCUAGCUGAACGGUCACCAUACGGUCCAUCUCCUCUGGGCCGACCUUCAUCUGAAACCAGAGCUUUCUUAUCACCUCCAACGUUGAUGGACGGACCACCUACGAGGCUGUCUCCCCGAGGUAGACACACAGAGCCAUAAUCUGCAUAUAUAAAAAUAUAACUAUUGCAUGCAUAAAUGCAGUUUUUGAUUAGUACACUUCUCUCAAGAUCUCCCUGUGUUGCAGUUGCAGGUUAAGCUAUUUCACGUCCUUUGUCAUUAUUAUGACCGAGUAUUACUAGUCUCACUGGGUUUUGACUGGUUUGCAAAUAAGAAAAACCUUAACCCAGUUUUAUAUGCAGCACAUCUGUUAAAUCAGUUCUGCUAAGCCCCAUAAUCAUGAACACAUGCAGCAUAUGGGAGACAAACAAUUUGCUGCUGUAGCAUGAUCAGUUUUGUAUUUGCAUGGUGUGAAUGCCUGCACGGUGUUAGUGGGAAAAAGAAGAGCACUGUUCGCUGAUUUGUCCUCAACCCCUCAAUUUCACUCUGACUGAUAGUGUACUUUCACCCUUUCCCUUUGUCUCUCUCUGACUGUCACACUCAUUCUGAUGUAAUCCUCUGAUAUUUUGCAUGUCCUGUUUUGUUGCCUCUUUCCUUCUCCUUUUCUCUCUUUUCUUCUUCUUUUCCUUUCCUCCGUUUUUUCCACCUGUUGCAGUGCCUCGUGGUCCAAUGGAGCCUCUGGGUGGCCCAGGAGAGAUGGAGCGAACUGGAGGUCCUCAUUCAGACAGUGGCUCAAUCUCUCCUACAUGGGAGAGAGAUCGCAGGGGACCCCCACCUGGACCUCCAGGGCCCCCAGGACCCCAAGGUUUGUAUGUGAUUGUGUACGUUUACAACAGAGAGAGACAAAGAGAAACGUGUAAAGGGGAUUAAGUCCUGGUGAUGCUUAGAAAGCCCAAACAAACACCCUUACCUUCAGAUGAACAGAAAAAGUUUCAAAAUUUAGAUUUUCCUCAGUUUGAUCCAAAACUAAACAGGUAAGUGUUCAAGAGUUAAAGCGCCUUCAGUGUGUGUGAACCUUGAUACAACACAGGCUUUAAGAUUACAUAUGUUCCAAAGGCAUUGUGGUUAUGUGUUCACUCGUUCAGUCAAAGCUGAGGUGUUAUUUCUAACAUUCAUUGUAGUUUUAUGUCUGAUAGAAUGAGCCUGAAUGCACAGUGCAGGUCUCACAGCCACAGUUAAGCUCAUCAAUUGCACCUUUGCUUUGCAAGUGAACUGUUUUAAGUCAGACUAUGUGGAUGUGCAUGCUUAAUGCAUUUUGUUCUGGCAUGUGGCUGCAGUAAUGUGCGACUGUGACAUGACUGUGAGAACACAGGAAACCACAUCUGAUGCUGUGUAAAUAACAGUCCAGGAGAUAAGAUUAUCUCCUGGACUGUUGAUUCAUUUUCACAUAUCUUUUAGGGUAUAUGUUUCCGGAACCAGGAGGUCCAAUCUACAGGAGACCUCUGCCUCCUCCAGGGGCUAUGGGCCCUUUUCCUCCCCCAGGCCCUUUCCCUCCCAGGGGUCUACCCCCAGGACCCUUCCACCCUGCAGAUAUGACUGGUGAGGCACUAAAAGUUGUACAGCUUCUCGAUGGGGCUUCUUAUCACUGUCAGAAGUGAGCAUAUACUUGCACUUUGAAAUAGAGGUAACACUUUACUUGACGCCUAUCUCUGUAACGCAUUAUAAAUAUAUGUAUAAUGCGUUAUAAUCAUGUUAUAGCACUGUAUAACUGUAGUUAUAAACACUCAUAAAUGAUCAUGAUACUUUAUAGCAAUAAUCAUAACACAUUAUAAAGCAUUUUAUCAUGACUUUCAAGGUCAGGUAUGAUAAUGUGUUAUAAGUGUUAACAAUUCACAUACAUAAUGCAAUGCAACUGUUGUUAACUGAAAUAGAAAAUCAAAAUGAAAAUACAAACUGAAAAUUAAAAAUGUGCUUCUCAUGCAACAGUUAUUCAAUUUCUCGAUCAUUUCAAUGCAGAUGCCUCACUCCGAGAGAACAGUUUUGGGCCUGGUGAACAGGAGCUCAGAGAGGUGAGAGACACGUUUGUGUGUGUUCAAAGUCAUUUGUAAGUUUGUAGAUCUUGGUUAUAUCUUAAUGUUGUCUGCACACGUGUCACCAGUCUGGCCCCGGUGAUCAAAGGAGUCCUCCUGAGGCAGAUCCAAGGAUGGGGGGCCCACCCCCUCCUGGACCCCCAUUAGGCCCAAUGGACGGUCCCUUUCCUCGCAGAGCUCCCUAUGGACCACCACCUCCAGAUUUCUACCCUCCUAGGGGUCCUGGGGUCCCUCCCAUGAGACCUAGUGAGUUGUUACAUCCAUCCUGACAAUGUUUUAAUACCAUUAAUCUCCAAUUGUUACAGUUAGUCUUACACUCUCCUCCUCUUCCUCCAGUGUGGGCUGCUCCUCCUCCAGGGAUGAUGCUACCUCCGCGCUACCCUCCUGCUGGACCUCCCCUUCCUCACCAAGCUCCACCCAUGCGGCACCCUUUUCAUGAAGGCCUUCCACCUCCUUCAAUGGGUCCUCUUCCUCCUCGACAGCCUCUUCCUUCUCCACCACACAGUCAGUCACCAGAGGAGCACACGCCCUCACCUGAAGAUGCCAUUUGA